CAGUAAACCUUGACAUUCUACACAGCUCAACAAGCCCAGCCCCUCACGCCCAAGAAUGAAACUGAGUGCAUUACAGUGACAGCUCUCUAACUACCUACCAGUGAUGAGGUUUUGCACUGCUGUAUUUGGCGUCUCAGGUUUCAAGAGUGCGACUAUAUCCUGUAUUUGUUUUUCUCCACAAAGCAGAGUCAGCGUGGAUGGACAUACAGUACAACUGUGAAAGAAGUAACGACUUGGAACAACAAAGAAAGACUUAUGAAGUAUGAACAACAGCCAUCAGGAAACAUCACCGGACAUACAGGAAACAGAGUUUGGAGAUCCUGCCCUGUCCACACAGAAGAGGGUCAUCUACUUCUCCAGUGGUGAAACUCUGGAUGAGGAAGACAGUGAGGAGGAAGAGGAGCAGUCUUCAAACCGGCCUCCUUUCAGAGAACCUGCAGAGAGGUCUCGGUUUUCAUUCAAGAAUGUGGCCAUUCUAGUUGGGAGGGUUUCACUGCUGACUUGUGAUUUCCUUGGAGAGAGACUAGCUGGUGCACUGGGACUGAAUGCAGCCAAAUACCAGUACGCCAUAGAUCAACAUCAUCGUGACCACAAGAAAGCAAGCAGUGAAGCCACAGACCUCCACCUCAUGGAAGGACAGGCAGAGACGAUCCACCUCUCUCCUGGACUGGAUGGGAGUAAUUAUGGAGCUACUGGAGAUGUACAAUGCCCUGCUAACUCUCAGGAGAGAAAUAUUGAGACACAUAAGGACAGAAGUGAAGGAUUUCACAACAGAGCCUAUCAAGAAGAUGAGCAUUACUCAAAAUGAAACUAAAGGAGAAAAGCAAAGGAAUGAGGGUUCUGAUUCAAUGUGAUUGAUCAUUUUGAUAAUUGAUUAGUUUGACACAUUUUUUAAGAAAGAAAAGUCAAACUUGUAUUAUUCCUUCUUCAAUGUGAAUAUUUUCUGGUUUCUUUAUACCUCUAUGAAAAUAAACAGAAUAUCUAGAGU